AUGGAGGGGGUGCUCGCGGAAGCGUUGCUCGCGCAGAGCCGGGACCCGGGGGUCCUGCUCGGGACAGUGUGUCGCGGGGAGGCGUCCGCGGAGCGCCUGGAGACGCUGCGCUUCCUCCUUCAGCGGCUCGAGGACGAGGCGGCGCGCGGCGGCGGCGGGGACGCGCUCCCAGAGGCGGCGCGCGAGGUCGCCGCCGGGUUCCUGGUGCCGCUGCUGCACCGCCUGCGCGCGCGCCCCGCGGGAGCCCCGGACUCCGAGCCGCCGGCCCGGCACCGCCGGCGCUUGCUGAGGGCGGCGAGCGCGGCCCUGUGCUCGUGCGCGCGCCUGGCGGGGGACCCGCCGCUGGGGGCCACGCUGGCCGAGGAGGCGCUGCGCGACCUGCUGGCCGCGGGGCCCGCGCCCGGCCUCGAGGGAGGCGCCGAGGCCGCCGUGGAAGUGCUGGCGGCCCUGGGGCCCUGCCUGCGGCCCCGUGAGGACGGGCCGCUGCUGGAGCGCGUGGCGGAGGCCGCGCUCUCCCUGGCGCUGGCCGGGGACGGGGAGGCGGCGGCCCUGGCGGCCGGGCGGCUGCUGCCGGCUCUGGGUCAGAGCGGCGGGGCGGCGCUGCAGGUCGUGUGGGGCGGGCUGGUGGCGCCCUCGGGGCCGGGCCGCGUGGGGCCGAGGCUGCAGGUGCUGAGCGUGCUGGCCGAGCGGCUGCUGCCCGAGCCCGGCGAGCGCGAGGCGGGCCUGGACGCACGACGCUGCGCGCGCUUCUGGCGAACGGUGCAGGCGGGGCUGGCGCGCGCAGAGGACGCCCUGACGCGCAAGCGCGCGCGCUACCUGCUGCGGCGGGCGGUGGAGGUGUCGGCGGAGCGGGGCGACUGCAUCUGCAGCUCCCGGGACGGAAACGGCCCAAGUCUUUUUUGGUGGUCUGAGAAAAACAGAGAUGAGCUGCUAAACUUUUGGGAAAACUAUAUAUUAAUUAUGGAAACGCUGGAAGGAAACCAGAUACAUGUUAUAAAGCCAGUUUUACCAAAGCUGAACAAUCUGUUUGAAUGUGCAGUGUCAGAGGAAAAUGGACGGUGGCUCUUUCACCCCUCCUGGCAUCUGUGUAUUUACAAAAGAAUGUUUGAGAGUGAAAACAAAAUCCUGACCAAAGAAGGCGUUAUCCAUUUGUUGGAGCUUUAUGAAACAAAGACGCUUCCAUCCUCACCAGAAUUUUCUGAGUUUGUUAUUGGACCAUUAAUGGACGCACUUUCGGAGAGCUCUCUGUAUAGCAGGUCCCCAGGCCAGCAGAUAGGAAGUGGCUCUCCACUGGGAUUUACAUUACAGACGUUUUUAGUCACUUACAUUUCUUCUCUUCCAGAAGAACUAAAGGGUGGUUUUUUGUUAAAGUUUAUUCAGAAGAUGACAAGUAGACAGUGGUGUGCAGUUCCCAUCUUGUUUCUGGCUAAGGCUUUGGCCAGUGUCCCGAGAUGUAAAGCGCUGGGUCCGGACGGGCUGCUUGCUCUCAGGGGUGUCCUCCAGUGCGCCAUGGUCACACACCAGCCUCUGUUGCGGGGGGCGGCCCAGUGCUACCUUCUGCACACAGCGAUGAACCUGGUCGACGUGGAGAAAGUGUCCCUUUCUGACAUCUCAGCUUUUCUCCUGUGUCUGCGACAAGAGGAGUCCUUAGCGCGAGGAACGUCGUUGUGGACAGAGCUCUGUGAUUGGCUGCGUGUUAAUGAAAAUGGCUUUGGCCGACCCUCAGCUCAUAGCCCCGUUGGACCUCAGGAGACGUGCCCCUUGAAUGCUUAUGUCAGGAACCUGGUUCAAGAGUAUGUGAAGUCACCUGCUUGGGACACGGGAGAAGACUGCUGGGUGCCUGACUGGGCUGAAGCCCGGCUUGUGGCCCUGAUGGUCGCGCUGGCUGUGGACGUGGCAGCGGUGGAGAGUCAGCGCAGUGGAAGGCGGAAAACACAGAAUGUGUUGAGGAUGUUCUUGGACCCUCUUCUGGACGCCCUGGUGAAGCUGGGCACAAACGCCUACCUGCCCGUGCUGAGAGCCGACAGGUGCCUCCAGCUGCUGGUGACGCUGCUGCACACUUGCUCGCCGAGAGGCUCCCGGGCCCUGGACGAUGAGGUGUCGCCUGCCCUUCAGGACUUGGUCAUGUCCACUACAGAGAGCGUCUCCGAGUUUCUGCUCCGGAGACUCACUGCGAAUGAACUGAGCAGUGUUUCAGACCUGGAUCGUUGCCGCCUGUACCUGCAGGUCUUCGCUGAGCUCACCGAUCUCCACGUGCAGGGGGGGACGGGAGGGCACCUCAUCGGGAGAGUCAUUGCUCCUUUGAAAAAGGCGUCCAUUCGCCAUCUUCGGGACACCGACAGUGAACAGGGGCCAGCGCUCGGGAGGCAGAUCCAGAGGGCGGUCAGUAUGGCUGCCCUGGCCGCGGUGUGUGAGGCCAUUGACCAGAAGCCAGCGCUGCAGCUGCACUCUCUGGACACUGGACCCCUGGAACAGUUCCUCGCCUCCCUUCAGCUCGACCGGAUGCUGCAGAAGCCGCACCCGGAGGAGCAGAGCAGUUUUUUGGAAGAGUCGUCAUCUUCCCAAGGAUGGGGGAAGGUCGCUGCACAGUACAUUCACGAUCAGUGGGUCUGCCUCUCUUUUCUGUUGAAAAAACACCACACCCUGGUACCAGCCUCAGAGGGCGAGCUCCCGGAGCCCAGGCUGCCUGCCGUUCAGAGGCCGGCCAGGACGUUGCAGGCGGCAGUGGCCGCCCUCGCCGUUCUCCCCUCGGUCAGCGUUCUGCCGGUGCUGCGCUGCAUGCGGCUUCUGGUUCCCAAGCUUCUGGCCUCCUCCGAGUCAGUCUGCGUAGAGGCUUUCGAUGCGGCUUGGAGAACGGUGUCUUCUUUAAGCAACACGCAGCUGACGUUCUGGCCCAGUUUGAAAGCUUUUGUUCAGUUUGUUUUUGAUACGAAAGUUCUUACCAUUGCUGCAAAAAUCAAGGGCCAGGCGUAUUUUAAAAUAAAAGAGAUUAUGCACAAGAUGAUUGAAAUGUCUGCUGUAAAGAGUGGAGUCUUCAAUACACUGAUAACUCAUUGCUGCCAAUCUUGGGUAGUUCCUGCUUCAAACGGGUCCCAAGGAUCUUUAUCAAGUGCGGAAAGUUACGGCGAGCUGGUCCUUGAGGCUUGCACAUUUGGAACUGUGUUUAGGCGUGAUCAGAGACUCAUUCAGGACGUACAGACCUUUAUAGAAAAUCUUGGACACGAUUGUGCAGCAAAUGUUGUUAUUGAAAAUACCAAAAGAGAGGACCAUUAUGUCAGAAUUUGUGCUGUCAAAUUCCUGUGUUUAUUAGAUGGCUCAAAUAUGUCUCAUAAGUCAUUUAUGGAAGAUCUUGCAAUCAAGCUAUUAGAUAAAGACGAACUGGUGUCCACGUCUAGAACUCGAUACUACAUGAAUUCUCAACAACACAGAGUGAAAAACCGAAUAUGGCAGAUUCUGCUUGUACUUUUCCCUAGAUUUGAUCAGAAUUUCUUGAAUAGAAUCAUUGACAAGAUUUUCCAAGCUGGUUUCGUCAAUAAUCAAGCAUCCAUAAAAUAUUACAUAGAAUGGAUUAUCAUAUUGGUUCUUCAUAAAUUCCCUCAAUUUCUUCCGAAGUUCUGGGAUUGUUUUUCUUAUGGUGAAGAAAACCUUAAAACAAGCAUUUGUACAUUCUUAUCGGUUUUGUCGCAUUUGGACAUCAUUAUGCAAAAUAUUCCAGAAAAGAAGCUCAUUCUGAAGCAAGCCCUGGACCUCGUGCUGCGGUGGGCCCUCAGCCACAAUUUCAGUGUCCGGCUGUACGCGCUGGUCGCUCUGAGGAAAAUCUGGAGCAUGUGUGGGACGUUGCAAGUGGAAGGACUGGACGCCCUGACGUCUGUGAUCGAAUCCAGCCUUAAUCAAGUGGAAAGUGCGCACGGAGCAGGGAAUGCCCAGAAGAGCUGGCAGCGCAUCCGAGACCACUUCUUCUUUGCGGCAUUUCACCCACUUGAGGACCACUGUCUGGAGACCAUAUUUUACAUCCUUCCACGCCUUUCUGGCCUCGUUGAGGACGAAUGGAUCACCAUGGAGAAGUUCUCCAGGUUCACGGACAUCCCCUCGGGAGCCGGCCCUCAGCGCUGCCUGUCCCCAACCCGGCUUCGUGAACUGCAGCCAGAGGCCUGGGCCCAGCAGGACGGAGGCCCUUGCUCCGGGGAAGCAGAGCAGCAGCCCGAGUGGACCGACGUGCAGAAGAAGAUCAUCCCGUGGAAGAACUAUGUUCCCGACUUAGACCUGGAGCUGGUGCUUCGGGAUCGUGCUGCCAAGCUUGGGAAGUCCAUCAGCCGACUGAUUGUAGUGGCCUCGCUCAUCGAUAAACCCACCAAUUUAGGAGGGCUCUGCCGCACCUGCGAGGUGUUCGGGGCCGCGCUGCUGGUGGUCGGCAGCCUCCAGUGCGUCCGCGACAAGCAGUUCCAGCACCUCAGUGUCUCCGCGGAGCAGUGGCUUCCUCUAGUGGAGGUGAGACCCUCCCAGCUGCCGGGCUUCCUGCAGCAGAAGAAGGCGGAAGGCUACACGGUCGUGGGCGCGGAGCAGACGGCUCGGAGCGCGGCCCUGACGCACUACCGCUUCCCGGAGAGCUCCCUGCUCCUGCUGGGAAACGAGCGCGAAGGAAUCCCAGCCAACCUGAUCCAGCAGCUGGACGUGUGCGUGGAAAUCCCGCAGCAGGGCAUCACGCGCUCGCUGAACGUGCACGUGAGCGCCGCCCUGCUGGUCUGGGAGUACACCCGGCAGCAGGCGCGCCCCCAGGCGCCCUCCCGGCUGCGGAGCCGCGCAGAAACGGCGCGCUCUGGGCAAAUGAAAUAGAUUCCGAACGUGCUGGAAUAAUUUGUAUUUUUCUUCUUACAAUAUAAUGCCAAACCUUUUCAUGUGCCUUAAACAUAUU